AUGAAGGGCGUCAUCGGUCUGGCGCUUGCAGCUGCGGCGUCAGCGUCACCAGUGCUCUUCGACGCAACCAACUCACCCGCCGACGCGGCUCCCAUUGUAUCGGCGCAGAACGCCGUCGAGAUUGCCGACAGCUACUUGAUCAAGUUCAAGGAUCAUGUGACUCAGUCACUCGCCGCCGCCCACCACGACUGGGUCGACGACUUGCACACGAGCAACCAAGCUCGUAAGACCGAGCUCAAGAAGAGAUCGCAGGAGCCUUUCCUUGAUGAGCUGUAUGCUGGGCUGAAGCACACCUACAACAUUGCCGGGUCUUUGAUGGGAUACUCGGGUCACUUCGAUGAGGAGACCAUUGAGCAGAUCCGGAGGCAUCCUGAUAUUGCCUACAUCGAAAGGGAUCAAGAGGUCUACACCAUGAAGCACAACCACACCGAGCCUGAGCUCGAGAAGGGCGCGCCAUGGGGCUUGGCUCGUCUCUCGAGCCGCGACUCACUCGGCUUCGGGAACUUCAAUAAAUACUACUACGCGGCUGACGGCGGCGAGGGUGUUGACGUCUACGUUAUUGACACUGGCACCAACAUCGACCACGUCGACUUCGAGGGCCGCGCCUCGUGGGGCAAGACUAUCCCACAGGGCGACCCAGAUGAGGACGGCAACGGCCACGGAACCCACUGCUCCGGCACUGUUGCUGGCAAGAAGUACGGUGUUGCGAAGAAGGCACACGUCAAGGCCGUCAAGGUCCUGCGCUCCAACGGCUCCGGCUCCAUGUCUGAUGUCGUCAAGGGCGUCGAAUACGCCGCUGAGUCGCACGCCGAGACAGUGAAGGCUGCCAAGAGCGGCAAGAAGAGCGGCUUCAAGGGCUCCACUGCCAACAUGUCGCUCGGUGGCGGCAAGUCGUCUCUCCUUGACCAGGCUGUCAAUGCGGCUGUCGAGGCUGGCAUUCACUUCGCUGUGGCCGCCGGCAACGACAACGCUGAUUCUUGCAACUACUCGCCGGCUGCCGCUGAGCAGGCUGUCACCGUUGGUGCUUCGACUCUUUGGGACGAGCGUGCCUACUUCUCCAACUUCGGCAAGUGCAACGACAUCUUUGCUCCCGGCCUGAACAUCCUUUCCACCUGGAAGGGCAGCAAGUACGCCGUCAACACCAUUUCGGGCACUUCCAUGGCAUCGCCGCAUAUCGCCGGUCUUCUCGCCUACCUGCUCUCUCUUCAGCCAUCCAAGGACUCCGCGUACGCUGUUGCCGACAUCAGCCCCAAGGAGCUCAAGGCCAACCUCAUCUCUAUCGCGACUGAGGGCGCUUUGACUGAGGUUCCAUCUGACACUGCCAACUUGCUCGCCUGGAACGGUGGUGGCGAGGAGGACUACAAUGAAAUCGUUAAGAAUGGUGGCUACACUGUUGCCAUGGAUGAUCGGGCUGAAGAGGAGGAGAUUACUCUCGACUUUGGCAUGAUCGAGGAGGAGAUCGCUGAGGAUGUCCACGAGAUGGCCAAGAAGGUCGGACUCAUGGAGAAGAAGCUUGGAGACUUCCUCUCGAAGGAUGUCGUCGACGCCCUGGAGAAGACUGAGUCCAAGACCGAGAACGGCUUCAAGAAGAUCGAAGAGUACACCGAGGAGGAGCUUGAUGAGCUUUACAGGAAGAUUGAGUCUGAGUUCGUGUUCUAA